AUGUCUUCUUCAGAACACUCGGAAAGUGGUAGUCAGCAAGUAGUAACGAAUGAUGUGCCUACUCUGUCAUCUUUGCAAACAAGUUCGGAACCACGAGAAUUAAUCAUUGAAGGCUCCACCCUUCAAGAAAAUAGUUCUACCCCCAUCAACACAAACCUUGCGGUUGAAGAAAGUGCAGGAGCCUCUUCUUCAUCAUCCUCUUCUCCAUCUGCAACAUCGUCCACAGCAACAACAAUAACAGUAUGCGUUACCGGAGGAACUGGAUUUAUUGCCUCACAUCUCAUCUACCAAUUGCUUCAAAAAGGAUAUAAAAUUCAUACCACCGUGCGUUCCUUGCCGAAAGGAAGAGACGAAUUAUUUCAAGCUUUGCUCAAUUAUCAAAAAGAAACAAUUCCCGAUGCAUCCAAUCAUUUCUUUGAUGAAAAUUCAUUGAAAGAGCGAGUACAAUGCUUUGAAGCGGAUCUUUUAAAAGAAGGAAGUUUUGAACAAGCGAUAAAGGAAUGUCAAUUUGUUCAUCAUGUUGCUUCGCCAUACAAGGUCACCGUGGAUGAUCCACAACUCGAUUUAGUGGAUCCUGCUGUCAAUGGAACGCUCAACGUUUUGAAAGAAUGUGUCAAAUUAAGAGAAACUCAAUCGAAUGAAGAUGACAAGAGGUUAAAGAGGAUAAUCCUAACCUCCUCCAUUGCAGCAAUCGUGGACACAGCGGAGGAAAAUAAGGUUUACGAUGAAAACGAUUGGAAUACCCUAUCAAGCUUAAAAUGGAAUCCUUAUUCGUUUUCAAAGGUCAGUGCCGAGAAAGCAGCCUGGAAAUUUAUGAAAGAAUGUGAAGAGAAACAUGGUAAUGACUUUUUGGAAUUGGUUACUAUAUGCCCCAGCCAAGUCAUUGGAAAAGCAAUCAUGCCAAAACAAGUCAAUCAAAGUCAUGAAGGUAUCAUGAAAAUUGCAAAUGGUGAAUUUCCAGUUAUUUUCUCAUUGUAUCUGCCGUUGGUUGAUGUCAUCGACGUAGCAGCAGCUCAUAUUUAUGCCAUGGAGUAUGAAAUGAACAACAGAACAAGAUUUUCUCCUUCCAAAGUUGAAAGAUUUAUUGUUUGUUGUGAGACUGUGGCCAUGUCCAAAGUCGUCGAAAUAUUACGAGAAUUAUAUCCAAAAGAAUCAAAUCCUUGGACAAAGCGACUGCCCACCACCAAGUUAGAAAGUGGAUUUGGAAAUGCAGUGGCCAAAGUUGCAGGUCUAUUUCAACCAAAAGGAAUUCGGCAAUACAUCAACAGCUCCAUUGGAAAGCCUCAAAAUUUUAACACCACAAAGAUUAAGGAAACAUUUGGAAUGAAAUUUAUUGAUACAAAGGAGACCAUCAGAAAUACUGUGGAUUAUUUGAUGAACAUUGGAAUGAUUAAAAAGUAA